CAAAAAGUUGUACAAUCAGUUAUGUGGUUGUACGCACUUUUAAAAAAAGUUAGAAAUGUACAAUUUGAAGUUGCUAAAUAUUUAUGAAAAAUCUGGUAUAUCAUAAAUCGUAUGCAUUAAAAUUAAUAAAACAAUAAUGUUUAAAUUUAGCUUCAUUCGCGACCAAUGAGUACACCGUUUUACAUCGAAAACAUUUUUUAAACUGGAAAAAUGAAGAAUUUUAAGCAUCGGGAAGUAGUAGACUAAUUAGUGGUGUAGUGUAUUAGUUUUUCUAUGUGGUGUACAAUCGAACGUAAAAGUGUACAAUUUUGACAUUAGAAGUUGUACAAUUCAAAAAUCCCUAGGAACAACACUGGAUAUAUAAAUACAAACAGCAAACCAAAACAUUUUGUUUAAAAAUUUUGAAGUUAGUAGGAGUAGGAGUGGGUCAAUUAUUUUAAGCUAAAAAAUGGAAAAUGUCGAAGUCUAUUCUAUUGCUAGUUCAGAUUCUAACAGUACAAUUAUUGACGAAAGUUGGACAACACAGUUUCCUAGUAGUACUUCUGAAAAUAGCAUAAAUAAAAAAACUAACAAAAAUAUAUACGAUUUAAGCGAAUUUGAAAACGAUAACGCAUGUGAAGCACUGUACGAAAAUUCAAAGCAAUUUUUUGAAAGCUUUAAAAGUGAAGAUAUCUUGGAAGAACUUUCUAAGAAAUAUUCAACAAACCAGUCUCAAUCAAAUGAUAAAAGUAAUGAUAUCUUGGAAGAACUUUCUAAAAAAGAUUCAACAAACCAGUCUCAAUCAAAUGAUAAAAGUGAAGAUAUCUUAGAAGAACAAUCUAAAAAAUAUUUAACAAACCAGUCUCAAUCAAAUGAUAAAAGUGAAGAUAUUUUGGAUGAACUCUCUAAAAAAUAUUUAACAAAACAAUCAAAUAAUGAAAUUGUCGAGGAAAUUGUAUUAUCUGAUUCUUCUAGUGAAACUGAAUGUAAUAUUAAUCAUAGCAAGAAAGAUGUUUCAAUGGAAUUAGAUAAAAAUAAUACAAUAUUUGAAAAUUGUUUUUCUGAAAAUACUAACAGUUUUUUACAUAGAAAUCAAAUUGUGGAUUAUAAUAAAUUGUCUCUUUCUCCAGUAGCAAGUUGUUCUAAUGAAGACAUUUAUAACAAAAAUAAUUUUCCUUUAAAAAGAACUUUUGAAUCAAUUUCUUCUGAUGAAGAUUGUGGAAAAAAAACUGAAAAGAAAGGUAAACGAAUAGCAAAUAACGAUAAGAAAUUAGCAGCAGAAGAGAAGAAAGCAAUGAAAGCCAUAGAAAGAAUGAACAAAAAAGAACAGAUAGAAAAAGAAAAAGCUCUAAAACAGGCUCAAAGAUUAGUUGAUAAAAGUCGUAAAGAUUCUUUAAAAUUUAUGGUAGUUUAUAUGGAUGAUACUAUUUUUAACAACAAAGAAUAUGGUGAUUAUUUAAAAGAACACUUAACGAGUAAGGACAUACCAUACAUGAUGAAAACAUCUUUUCCUGGAAUGAUAUCAUGGGCCCGAAAGGUCCUUGCAAUUGAAAAUACGGAAGUUAAAAAAUCAGAAUAUCCAGAGAAACAUUAUGCUGUAAUUAUAAAACCUGCAGCAUUUGGAAACUUGUAUUCAUGUAUAGAAAGUAUAAAGGAACAUACUGAUUUUAAACAUUUAAGUAUUUUUGUUUAUGGUCAAUCGAAACCUACAUCAUCCCAAGAAGAUGAAAUCAUUGAUAUAGAAAUGUGUUUUCCCACUUACUGGCAGUUUGUGGAAAACAAGAUACAGCUAGGGAAUUUUAUAUUUAUGUUAACCAAGUCUAUUUCACAAAUUCCAUACAAACUGGAACAAGAAGCAAAAUACAAUCAUCUCAGUGAAUAUAUGGAGAGCUAUAAUAAAAAAAAUGUAAAAGUUGAUAAAGAUGGAAAUGGUUUAGGACAGUUAUGGAGACAAAUGUUAACUAUGUUUCCAUUGGUUCGUCUGGAGACUGCAGAGGCCAUAACAGCAGUCUUUCCCACCCCAAGAUCAAUGUUUGAGGCAUAUGAAAAUUGCACGGAGCUGGGCGAACAACUCAUUCAAAAUUUACAAAUUCGCAGAACGCAUGGACCUUUAGCAACCAGCAGAAGAAUCGGUCCUGAACUUAGUAAAAAAUGUUAUAGGCUUUUUACAUCAAAACAAAACCGUUUAUUAUAAAUUUUCUAUUAUUUACAUUAUGUGCAUCGAAAUAAGUUUUAAUUUUUACAGUAUGUGUAUUGAGUAUUAAGAAAAUCUAACGUUUGUGUUGCUGCUUUUAAGUUUUAUUCUCCAAGUGUUUUUUCCAAUCUAACCAUCCUCCAGGAUAAUUCC